AUGGAGCGGUUCAAGAUAGUGGAAAGAGAAACCAAGACGAAAGCCUACUCAAAAGAAGGGUUGGGCCUGGCUCAGAAGGUCGACCCGGCCCAGAGGGAGAAGGAGGAGGUCGGGAUGUGGCUAACAAAUAUGAUUGACACGUUAAACAUGCAGGUGGAUCAGUUUGAGAGUGAAGUGGAGUCUCUGUCGGUCCAGACCAGAAAAAAGAAAGGAGACAAGGAGAAGCAGGACCGGAUCGAGGAGCUGAAGAAGUUCAUCGAGAAGCAUCGAUACCACAUCCGGAUGCUGGAAACAAUACUGAGGAUGCUGGACAACGACUCAGUGCAGGUGGACUCCAUCAGGAAGAUCAAGGAUGAUGUGGAGUACUACAUAGACUCGUCGCAGGAUCCAGACUUUGAGGAGAACGAGUUUCUGUACGACGACCUGGAUCUGGAGGACAUUCCUCAGACGCUGGUCGCCACCUCCCCGCCGGGACACUCGCACUUGGAGGACGAGAUCUUCCAGCACUCCAGCAGCACACCCACCUCCACCACCUCAUCUUCACCCAUCCCCCCCUCACCUGCUACUUGCACUACGGAGAACUCAGAGGAUGACAAGAAGAGAGGACGUUCGACAGACAGUGAAGUUAGUCAGUCACCUGUGAAGAACGGAAACCCUUCCUCCUCGUUAUCCUCUUCCUCCUCCUCCUCUUCUUCCUCCUCCUCUUCCUCCUCCUCCUCUUCCUCCGUCUCAGGGCUGACCCCCUCCUCGCUGGUCUCUAUGGCGACCAUCGCCGGGGGUGGAGGCAGCGCCUCUGGGGGCAACAGUCAUUACACCAACUCGGGGGGUCUCCUCUCCAACACCUCCGCUGGCAGCUACAGCAACGCCACCCAGCAGCCGCCGCACCCAUCAGCACAGCAACAGCCGGCCAAAAACUCAGUGAGCCUCUCCUCCUCUGCACCGAUAGCCUGCCCCAGCACCAACAGCCACCCCACCUCCUCCACCUCCUCUCCCCCCAACGCCAGCACACAGGGGCUCCUGACUUCAAACUCCCUGCCCCCGCCUCCAUCAGGGCCCACGCAGACCUCCAACAGCUUCGGCCUCGGUCUGGGGCUCUCUCUGGGGAAAGGCGGCAUGUCCAGCUCCCUCACCACCAGCCCGAUGUCCGGGGGCCUCGGUUUAUCAGGGAUGCCGGCAUCCCUGAGCACCAUGGCGAGCCUUCUAUCCAGCUCCACUCCAGCACCGUACGCUCAGGCAGCCGCCUCAGGUGCGGUUGGCUCCGGCUUACCUGGCUUACCGGGCUCUCUGGGAGGCGUCAGCACCACGACCACCAACAGCGCGCUGGGCUCCAUCGGCAGUGGGAACAUCACAGUCGGCGGGCCGACAUCUUCUUCAGGAGGUCUGCUGGGCGCAUCGACAGCGAUGGGCAGCAUCGGCUCUGGGAUUCUGGGUUUGGGCUCCAGCCAGUCGGGGAUGCAGGGGCUGUCUCUGAUGUCCCCGAGCCAGGUGGGGGGCCUGGCUCCAGGAAGCGGAGUAGGAGUCAUCGGGAGCAACGGAGGCAGCUCGGGAUCAGUGGGGAGCGGAGUGGUGGGAGGAAACUCGUCACUCUCUGUCAGACCGCCGAGCCGACAGAAGCAGAACGGCAGCACUAGUUACAGUGCCGUGGUGGCCGACAGCACAGCAGACUCCGCCCUCAACAGUGUCAGCCAAUCACAAAACAGCCAACCCUCAUCUUUGACCUCCACAGCCAAUCAGCCUAAGGAUACUGGUCCCAGUCUACUGGGCUCUAUCACUUUGUCGUCCAGCUCUCCAUCACCGGGCUCCUACAGCGAUGCCAAAAUGGUGAGCGGCGGCAGCCUGCUGAACGGGCCGCUGUCCUUCUCACAAUCCUCUGAUAGCAUCAAGUGUCACAGCUCAGGAACUCUGAGCUUUCUGAAAAUACCAAGGUCCGAGUUUUCAUGUCUACCACAAAAAGAAAACCUUCUAAUCGAUUCGGAAAACACGACCCUGUUUGAAGACAACAUGACCCUGAAAGACGAGCCCCAGGAGCCUCUGAGCAGCCUGAAGUCCAUGGCCGAGCGAGCAGCACUCAGCUCAGGGAUGGAGGGAGACGUGCCUUCCCUGCACCUCACCCCAGACAUCUUCCCCAGCAGCACUACAGCCUCCUCCGGCCCCCCGUCAGCGCCUCAGACCUCGCUGUCAGAGGUCAGCAUCCCCCCGUCGUUGGGGGUCUGCCCACUGGGGCCGGUGCCCGUGUCCAAAGACCAGCUCUACCAACAGGCCAUGGAGGAGGCGGCGUGGACGCACAUGCCCCACCCGUCUGACUCCGAGAGGAUCAGGUGCAGUGAAAUUCAAAUUUGUAACCACACGAUAAUUCGUCCUUACGCUUCCCCGCUGAGGUAG